AUGGCAACACUAAGCUGUGGAAUUUAAUUUUUGUGUAAUGGCAAUGUUUUCUCUCUCUCUCGUCUCGGCUCCCACGAAUACACAAGUGUGUUAACUGAAGAUUGUGUUUUAAUCAAGAAACCCGCAGUAUCCAGCCCUAUCAUACACAAAUACGCGCGCGGCCGCGCCUCAUGGUCCUUCGAGAUAUUUAUGAAGAUCUGUGGGUUGACCAGAAACCACUUGUAAGAAACGCAAGUAUUCGCAAUUUGGGAAGCACAACAAGGACGCCAUUUUCGUUCAUUCGUCGUUUGGGUCGCAAUUCGCUCAGCAUCCAAUCAAGCAGCACGCAACAAAUCGCAACCAGGUGGCGCUGUAACCGCAAACCCGAUUCGUGCCGAUUGUGGUGUCGACCAUCGCCGAGGAAAGAAAAGGACGCAAAACUUGCAACGAGACCGAGUGCAAGCAGGACGGCAAGAACUUCGUGCAACACAUUCGUUCACCCUUCGUUCAACAUUCGUUCAUCUGCUGCACCACGUGACGACCAACGCUACGUGCAACACCUUCAAUCUCAGUUCAUUCGCCAAUUUUGCCAUUUCCGCCAUUUUGUGUUUCGCCCUUUUGUAAGCGGUUAAAUUGUUGUAAUUGACGUAACUAUUUUAAGUUAAGCAUAGUUAUAAGCGUGAAUUUGUGUGAGAAGUUUAUCCAUUGUGGUGAAAAGGAAGUUUAAACAUGGAGGAAGGAUUAAAACAGAAAAUUGCUUCGCGAGGUUACCUAAAAGGUACAAUCACAAGAUUGCUACAAGUUUGUGAACAAGAUUUAUCUUCACAUUCAAUCGAAAUCUUAGAAGCAAAACGUGUCAGACUUGAAACAUCUUUCGCAGCGUACGAAAAGCUCAACCAAGAGAUAUUGUACUUGGAUGAAAAUGACAGCGAAAACGUCGAAAAAACUGAAAGCAACUAUUUCGCUAUUCUAACAAAGCUAGACUCAGAAAUUAAAAAAAAGAUGUCAACUUCCUCCAUGCAAGCCUCCAAGUCACCUCACCAUAAUAUAACUAAGUUACCGCCAAUUACAAUCCAAACUUUCAAUGAUAACUCAACGGCAAAGGCGUACCAACUUGGGCGCUGUAUGGAAAUGGAGCCCAAACUUGAAGAUUUCUUGCUAUUCAUCGAGAAGCAAGCAAUGGCGCUGGAGAACACUGAGCAGGGUCACACUUCCAACAACAACAAGGUGGUGGUGACUCACAUGACUACAGCAGCAUGCGGAUACUGUGCUCAUACCGAGCCAAGGAGGGGCACCUCGCGAGCUGACGGCGUUGCCCACGCAAGCGCCUGAGUCUACUGGGUCUCUGGCUCGUGAGCAACAAAGCAGCAACUACUCGUCAACUGCCACAAAGGAUAAUUCAGCUAAGCUAUUCAUAACCAAUACCCACUUCGGAAACAUUAUUGCAGGUACUGUCUCUCCUUUUCAAUUACCUAAACAAUGCCACAAAGUUGUUCUCAAAUGUGAGUUAGGGUUGAGUGACACUAUUGCUAACUUUUGGAGUACUGAAAAGGUCCCAGAAGUAUAUCCUGAGCAUUCUUCUGAGCAUGAACAGUGUGAGCAAAUAUUUAAAGAGUCCGUUCAGUUGAAAGACAGUAGAUUUCAAGUUGCAUUACCUUUAAAGUUACCUUUACCUCAAAUUAAUGACGUCCUUGGCGAAUCUUUUCAUUUGGCUCUCAAACGGUUCUAUAAUUUAGAAAAAAGGCUACAUGCAAAUCCUGAGUUAUUCAUGCUAUACAAAAAUUUCAUUCAUGAAUACUUAGCACUAAAUCAUGGUCACUACAUAGACAUUGAAAGUUAUGAUUUGAUGAAACAACCUGUUUAUUUUCUGCCACAUCAUGCGGUAAUAAAUGACAAUAGUAAAACUACUAAACUCAGAACUGUGUUUGAUGGUUCUAUGAAGUCAAGCAAUAAAGUAUCAUUAAAUGACUUACUAUUAAAUGGGCCUGUAGUUCAAAGAGAAUUAUUUGACAUAAUAUUGUUAUUUCGAUUAGGUGAUUAUACUUUCACUGCUGACAUCAAGCGCAUGUUUCGCAAUAUAAAAGUAGAUCCGGAAUACACUUCUCUUCAGAAUAUACUAUGGAGGGACGAUCCCACCGAGUCAGUGCAAUGCAUUCGAUUAGAUACUGUAACGUACGGGUUGAAAAG